UCGCUACGAUUUCCUCACAGUUGCUUACUGCGUUGCAGGUAUAAGACACCGAAGUUGCACAGCAAACAUGAAAACACUCUGCAUCCUUUGCUUUACUCUCGUUUUCUUCAGCUAUUGUCAGGAUGCACAUGAGAGUGACAAUUUGUUGCCGGAAUGGCAGUCAACAAACAAGAGUGAAUGGGAGCUGUUCAGUUUCAAUCACCAGAGCUCAAACUGGACAGAUGGAAGCGAAGUCCUAGUUGCUGAGUGUAAGAAGAAGUCGACACCCUCCAGUCUCGUGCACAAGUUUUGUCAGUGUGAGGCUAUCUCUCCGCUUAUUAGAAUUGACGCAACAAAGUCGUAUGCAUUCAGCAUCUUCGUCAACUCGACGGACUCGGACAUGGAGAAUUUAUUCGGCUUCUAUGUUUAUGACAAAAACCAAGCAAGAAUAGACGGUAAAUGGCGAAACCCAUACUUCAAAAUAAUUGAACACAGACAUAAUACGUGGACAAGAUGGACAGCUUAUGUUCUGCCUCAUUUUGUCCCUGGCACCAACAAUAACAGCAUGGUUAAUGUACAGUACACCAAUGGGCAAGACUGGAUUUGGCCGAGUAAUGCCGAGUAUGCCACUUUACGAUUUCAGUCGUUUCAUGACAGCGAUGAUGAUAUCGGUUGCAUCACAUUCAGUGGAAGUGCUGACGGCGAUGGUCAUGAUCCGGAGGGUUCAGCUGAUAAUGUGCUUGAUUAUCAUGUGGAUGGCGAUCAUAGUAGAACUUGGUAUGCUUUUCCAAGUGUUCGAGAAAUAGACUAUGUUCAACGUGCAUUGCCUGGACGUGAUGGAAAGGUCAGGACGUUUGACAUUGCUGAUGAACAAGACUGGGCGUCUGUACCAAAUUACAUUGGCAAGGCAUCUGUAAGCGGACAACACACCGCCAUAGCAAUGAGCAUGGAGCAAGGGACAAAGUGUUACUAUCCAUGGGGCAUUACACAUUACCUUCUAAUCGAUCCAAAAAUGAGAUACGAGCUCAGCGUUUGGAUCAUGAGCACUGCAAAUGAUCUCAACAACUUCCUUGGCUUUCAAGUAUUCGACAAAGAAUUUAACAUCCUCGAAGCCAAUUCCACUGGUGACCAACAUCAUGCAUACCAUCACAGUCGCGAAGCCAAAAUACGAUAUUUCAAAGGAUCCGAGGACGACCCAACCACAUGGAAUCGAUGGAAUGGAUUUAUACUCCCGCAAGAGUCAAAUCCCGAAUAUCCACCUGAUGACGUUCCCCCCUAUUUCAGUAAAGGGGUAGACUGGGUGUGGCCAAGUGAUUCCAUGUAUAUUCAAUUGAGAUUCGGCGCUUGCUAUGGUGAUGGAGACAAUAAAGGGAAGACCUACUUUGCUCUCCCUCGGCUGAUCGAGUCCAAUCUGCACCCCUAAGACAUCCCAUAUGGUACAGUGUACUUCUGUCUGUCUCACAGUAACAGUAAAAAUAAUAAUGGGUGCUCAUUGCAUUCCCACCUGUGCGAGCGAGCACGUACUAUACAGCUGCAGAGUGAAAUUUUUCAAAACAACGACUAGAAUACGUUGUUCUAGACACUAGCUGUAUUUAGUAAAAGACCAGGAAAAGCAAGCUUCUGCUAGAUACCGCAGUAACUUGCAAAAGCA